GCGUGCUUUAUCAUCAGUCACAAGCUGCUUCGCGAACUCGACGGAUAACCGCAAAAGCAUCGACGCGCCGAACAAAGCACAGUGUACGGUACUCGUGCUAGGGACGUCUGGUGGAAUGGAAUCAUGCUGACGCUCUGCAGCAAGUAAAAGCGUUUCGCUCUUGCGCUGCGCAUUCUUGCGACUCCCACCAGAAAUCCGUUGUCUGAUAUAUCGCAUCCUCCUUCGCUCAGAUCGACACGUGCGUAUGAUACCACCUCCACAAGAUGGAGACCAUGUGCUCUGUCCCAACAACCUCCAUCCUUCCAUCUUAGGCACAUGCCGUCUUAUACACGAGGAGGCACAUUACGUACUGUACGGAGAGAAUUCUUUCCACGCCCACCGAAUCAGCAAGGACAAUCACAACGCAGCUCUGAUACGACGUGCGAAAUAUCGUAUCGGUUUGCGCAAGCGUGAGGAAGGUGAGGAUGCGGCGAGAAAGCUUGCAGACUUUUUGGGCUUUCACAGGGAGCUGAGGUUUAUUGAGUUGGAAGUGGGAUUUGACUUGAUAGAGGACCCCAGGAUCUAUGAUUUCAUUCGUCAAGCCAUUCAGGAUCAUCGGCAUCUGAUUGACAUCAAGAUAUUGUCCCCAUUAGCCUUCGAUGGGAUCGGCUGGCGACAUAACUGGAGACUGUGGCGGAUCGUGAAAGAGCAAGCGCUCCUAUUGGAAUGGCUCGGGGAGAACUAGACGUCCUUGUUUCACGCAGUCGAAUUGUAUUACUCGACAUCAAGUGAACUGCAGCCAAAUUCAUUCCUUCAAGCUAUCUCGAUGCCUGAGUGCCUGAGGGCAACUUUGUUCACGAUGGCCCCAAGGUAAAUGAGCCGGUCAUGUAUGGCCCCCUGGCACUGGGCGGACUCCUUCGCGAUUGUCAGCGCAUUUGCAGCUUGGGCCAACAUGGAUCUUCAUAAGCUAGUGGAUGCUGCCGCGUUGUCGGUGUUAGAAGAGCAAAUCAGCUGACUCUCGGGAUUCGGAAGGAAAGUCGGCCAAUGAUGAUCGC